UCCAAUAUCUGGCUGACUGCUCUCCUCCAUUCUUUAUCCCAGUCAUUUUAUUGAUAGACAAUUAUUGGAUGUGUUUGUUUGCUGUAAAUUGUCAGUGUUGGAAAUCAAGUGGUUUGUGCAUUCUACUCUUGUUUGAACCUUGAACAAAUAAAUGUUAUAAAUAGUAAGAAACUUCUGAACGUUGUCAUUUAAGUGCUUGUGUGAUAAAUACUGACUGUAAAUGUUUAGCUUAAAAAGAGUUCCUCAGAAAUUUCUUAUGGUUAAUGUUUACACUGAUGAUAUUUUCUCAGACAGUUAAAGUCCGAACAGGAAGGAAGGAGUAAUGGUUUUGAAGUAAACUGUUUAACACAUAUGGAGUAAAUAGAAUAUAUACUUUCAGCUGGAAUUAUUUGUGUUAAAACAUUGGAUAUACAAAUUGAACAGCUUGUCAAGAAUUUCAAUGAUCACUCUGAGGGCAUAAUGCCGGAAAGCCCUGAGACCAAGGGACAUCACCAGACGCCAGUAACCUCCCCUGUCCCAAUGACGGGUGGGGUUGCAGCCCCUGCCCACAGAGAUCCAGCCAGGCCCCUCUCUAAUAACAACUCUGGUGAAUUGUCUCCGGUGACGCCAGGCAUGAUGAACGGCCAGGUGCCGUCGCCGACGUCAACACCGACAUCUUCCUCCCAGCAACUACCGCCAGCGUGUGGCGCCCGACAGCUCUCCAAGCUUAAGAGGUUCCUGACGACGCUACAGCAGUUUGGUUCUGAUAUAUCGCCCGAGAUCGGGGAGCGGGUACGAGCACUAGUCCUUGGACUGGUUAAUUCCCAUUUAUCAAUAGAAGAAUUCCAUUCAAAACUGCAGGAGGCGACUAACUUUCCACUACGGCCUUUUGUUAUUCCAUUCUUAAAGGCCAAUUUGCCGCUCCUGCAGCGAGAAUUGAUGCACCUGGCACGCAUGGCGAAGCAGACACCUCAGCUGUACCUAUCUCAGAAUGAGCACAUUCUCCUGAACGCUGCACAAUCCCCUCUUGACCCUCAGGAAAAUUCCUCUGCUCCCCCACAGAUCAAUGAGAAUGGAAAAAGGCUCUCACCAAAUAGUCACCAUGAGAACGGUCUGGAGCCUCAACCGGCGAAGCGUCACCAGUCCCACAGUCCUCACAGCAACAGUCGUAUCAGCCCAAAUGGCAUUCUCAACCUUUCUAACGGACCAAUCAGACUCGAGGAACUCAGUCUGUCACGAGAACUCAGGGAACGGGAAAAACUGGAAAGGGAACGGGAAAAAGACCGCCAAGAACAUCGGGAACGCGAUUACGAGGGCAGAGACAGACAAUUUCAGGCAUUUAACUUUGGCCGCUCUGAGUCGGCCUUUGACCCUCUGGAACGAUAUGAUGAUGACUGGAGACACGUAGAAACAAUGUUGUCGUGUAUAAUUGGAAUGGUGGACAAAACGAGAAGGGCACUCUCCGUUCUCCAAGACCGAAGUUUGCGGGAUCGUGAGGAGUUGUCCAUGUGGACUCGUCGAGGGGCUGGCGAGGAGAUUGACCUUAAAAAACGGUCAAAUUCUGACUGGUCAGGCAUGAGAAAUGUGGAUGAUAGAAUUGCAGAUGUUCGCAGAAGAGCAGAAGAAGCCGUACAGGAAGUGAAGCGACAGGCCAUGUUGGAACUUCACAAGGCCGUAACAGCAGCGGAGUCCAAGGCCACCACAAUGGUAUCCCAGGAGCGAGCUAAAAUGGAGCGCUCGAUACAAGACAUCCGCAAACAGACGCGAGAAGAAGUGAUCACCUCCAUUAACCACCAGGAAGAGAGUAGCGAGAGUUGUUGGAACUGCGGACGUAAGGCAAGUGAGACUUGUAGUGGUUGUAACACGGCGCGCUACUGCGGGAGCUUCUGUCAACACAAGGACUGGGAAAACCACCACCACGUGUGUGGCAAGGCGUCGUUGUCAGCAGUGCCCACCCAGCGUGGAUCACCUCCACACACAGUCGCAAUGUCCCCAAGACCCUCUCACAGCCCCCGACGCUCCCCAAGCCCCGUAAACUCCACAUCUUCAGUAAAAUCUGCCUCACGAUCAAGUACCCCCAAAGCAGAUACAUGUACGAAACAAACUGAGCCAGUCAUAACUGAUGUCAGUCGUUGAGUGUGACGCUAAAUUUCUUAUCAUAGUGCAUUGUUGUUUUUAUUUUUAUUUUCUUUACAUUUCUUUUUUGUUGUUAAAGAUUAUAUAUAUAUAUAUAUUUGGUGUUAUAAAUUGAUUUACUUGGAGAUAUUGUUAUUAUAAAGCUAGUGAUUUUGUGCACAUGUAUUUGAAAGGAGAAAGAUUUCAUGUACAUUUGAGAUUUUAUGAAGCAUCUGAGUGUGAUGGUGGUAUGGUAUGUUUUCCUGGGGCCGUAAUCAUAAAGCUUCUUAGUGAACAUUUCAGCUUAGUGAAAACAAAUAAUUUAAAUACCUUCCAUUUUUCAUCAAUUUUAUUCAAAUUUGUUUUUUAUUAUUUGGACAUUUUUCUUGCUUAUUUUCAUAUUUUUGUUUGAAAAAUUUUGUUUGAAAAAAACAUUGUUGCAUUUCUUUAAAUUCAACCGUGUUUAACAAUGUUUAACUACUUUGAAAACAUUCGCAAAGAUGCUUUAUGGAUAUGACCACUAGUCUGUUUUGUUAUUGUAAGGAUAUAGUAAAACAGGCAUUGUGUUUUUCCACAGUUCCUUUUCAUUACAGUGUACUGUUUUCCCAGGAUAAUUUUGUGUUAACAAAUAAUAAUCAGGCAAGUGUAAACCAGCAAAUUAGGGGACUCUAAAAAUGGCAAAGUAAGAAAUAUAUUCAUUGUUUGUCACUCUCUUAUUAAGCACACACUUCUGCAUUGCAUGUUAUAUUGGGUGGAAUGUUAUGAAAUAAUGAAUCCAUUAUAUUGCGGCCACGCUUUAUAGGACGGACAUCAAAAAACAAUCUUGAGGAAUGCAAGGAAAAUGCUUGUAGCAAUGUUAUACAUCACCAAAAUAUUAAAUAACAGCUCUUUUUUGACAUUUAUUUACAAAUAUGACAAACAAUACAGAAAGGUAUUCGAAAAACUCUAAUGAAAAUAUCAUAACUUCAGGCUUGGUUUUCCAAAUUCUGUAUAAAUGAGUAGCUGUUGUUGUUGUUGAUGUUUGGUGUGAGGUCGUAAAAAAGACUUAAGAUAAUUUCCUUGUAACAGAGUUAGAAAAGUAAUUGUUACUGACUUAAAAUCUAAUGAGUCCCUUAAAAGAGCGUGGAUUUUUAAAUUAUGCAACAGAUUAUGUUCAACAAACUUGUUCAAACUACUUGAUAUUGUUCCAGCAUGCAGCAGGGCCUGCACCAGUGAUCAAUGCUCAUUUCAGAUGCUGAAUAUUUAAAAUCCAUGUCAAGUAAAUCUCUAUGUUUCUUUACUACAUUUUUCCAACUUACAUUGGAGCUGUAGUUUUUUGUUGCUAAUUGGACAUAUUGAACAGUUCUACCAGUUUUCCAAUAUGAUAUUAACAUGUUAAUAGGCCAUUCGUCUGCCAUAAACACAGACUGAGCUAUUAACUGGAGGUAAGGAGUCGUAUCAACACAAAUAUGUACCACUUCAAAGUCAACAUAGACUUGAAAAAGUUGUCCCUGGAAUAUACUAUUGUUUUGAUGGUAGUAAUAAAUCGUGCUACUAUGUUGAGAACUGGCAAUAUGUUUUAGUGUACUUAGUGAACUUUAUUGUACUUCAUGUUCUAAGCAUUUCUGGUCCAAAUAGUUUAUCCUUAAUCCUGGCUUCUCCAAACACUUGGACUGGUAGGACAUUGUGGUGCAACAUCUUUGGAACUGAGAAAUAUUCAGUCACCAAUGAAUUAUAUAACUGAAUACUUUUUUGAGUGGAUGGCAUUUUUGAUAUACAUCAAUAACUAUUUUCAAUCUGUUCAUUUUGUUCAGAAUAUACUGGUCAAAUGGCAUUGAACAUUGUACAUGAAGCUGACUUCACUAAACUCUGUGAUGAUGGUAAAGAGUUGAUAGGAACAGGAAAAGGCAAUAAGCUUGACAUUCUCAAAUUUCCUUGCAUGAAUGCAAGUUUGAUUUGAACAUGGUCAUAUUCACUAUUAUAUACAAUAGUGAUAUUAAUAAAGACUCGCUCGGGAGAGUACCAGUACGAUUAACAUGUUGUUGAUAAGUUUUCUCAAAUUCUGAAAACCAUGCCAUUGUCUUGUAUUAUAAUUAUAUGUAUUUUAUUCAUGCUACAUUGAUGGAAAUUAGGGUAAAUUUACCUAGAUGUUAUUUCUUUUCAAUCUCUGGUCCUGUUGUCAAAUUAUGUGUUAUGUGGUAAUCACUAAAACAAUAAAAUACUCAUGAAGUUA